AUGCCGAUUGGUAAGGGAUGGGUUUCAGCAAUUGGUGUCCAUAAUUUAUACAUAGGCUGUCGUUCGUCAAGUUGGAAUUCUUGGAGGAAAUUUUCUGGUGCUCUUCGUUCCUUCUUCACGACCCUUGCCAUUCGGCAAGGGGUGGGUGAAAGAUUUGUGAGGACUACAUCAGUGGUUUGGGGAUCGGGUCCUUCGGCAGAGAUCGGGUUCUAG